AUGCAAGCCGCCCAACUUGACGGGCUGUCUACCAUGGCCGAGCCAGUGGUCAAGGCGGAGGUCUUGGAAAGAGACCUUCAGUCGCGAAGACCCCCAACGCCCAAGAACGUCGCCUUCGAGCUUCUCCUGGACGAUAACUCCAAGGUGCGGGCGCGGAUUCCCAUGCGCGUGCAGAUUUACCCUCACGAUACCACCGAUUCGAUCGUCACUACGGUGAAAAAUUUCUAUGGUAUCUAUGAUGGCACAGCUAGCGGUGUGAGCUUCGAGGAUGAACAUGGGACAACUCUUAUCGCAAGGUAUGAAAAUCUGAAGAAUAAUGGGACGGUAUAUGUUAGAGUGAUUCCCAUUCAAUCUUUUGGUGAACCCUGCUAUACCGGGUACCCCGCGGAGCGCAAGCGGCCCAGCUUGGGCGAGCCGUUCCAGAUGACGGAGAGUAUGAUGUCGAGCAUGGAUCAAGCGUCGCGACCACCAUCACGGCUUGCAAGAAAACGCAGCAUUUCACCGUCAAACCGAAGUCGUCGAAGCGCAUCGCAACACAAACAGGCUUCCCGGAGCGGCCUCAAGAGCCGGGGGUCCAGUCAUGCCGGGUACCCGGACGAAGACCUGGGACUGAGCGACAGCGAGUCGACCUACAGUCGCAAGACGCGCGGGGAUACCUUUGCUAGCUCCGAUAUCAGUAUGGAAAAUAUACUACAGGAUGGCCGGCGCAAACGACCCAAGUUCGACAGCUCGGAAUUGCCUCUCUUCGCUCCUCCCCAAGUUCCCCUCACCACUUCAACCUCCUCUAUCUCUCCUCAACGCCGCUCUGUGGGACAAGAAGGCGCUGGCUCUCCUUUUGCUCGGCCCACCCAUCGCCCCUACACUUAUCAGACUGCGCUUCCGUCGCCGCAAAGUUAUGGAAAUAAUGAGUACAGCGCUGGGCGAAAUACUGUAUAUGCUACACCUGUCGUCCCUGACCAUGUGUAUCGCACUCCAUAUGGCAAUUCGAGUGGCCGUGUGAGUGGCCAUGGUAUCCUCCCUACCCCAGAUCCUACAAUUGCAAGCUGCAUCUCCGACGAAGACGUUGCGAUGCAACUCAUUCGGUUGGGUGAUGCAUCCAAUUUCUCUCACGGUCGCACAUCCGCGUCCACGCUCGACGAUGCCUUCAGUGGCGUUGCUGACGCCGCUUCUUCCGCUGGCGCCACGAGCGAUGGCGAGUACUUCAGUGAAGACGAAGUUGAUCUUCCUGCUCGCCGCAGACUGGACUCCAGUCCGAUGCUGCCGCCUGGCGCAAUCAAGCGCCAUCACAAGCGCCUGGAUGAUAUUCUUCCUAGUGCGGACAGUAGUGAGCACAGUUCGGACGGUGUGGAUGAUGGCAUCAAGAGCGAGGGUGAAGAGGAUGUUCCCUACAAGGAGUAUGCCCCGAAGGCGAAGAAGCCGAAAAACCGCCCAACCUCUGCCAAAGUCCGCACCUCCAAGGCGCCGGCGAAACAGGUCAAGAGCAAGAGUGGACAAUCUACGGUGCGCAAGCCCACCGAGAAAUCCGUUGUGCCGGCGCCACCCCUUAGUCCGAGCUCGUCUCGAAAAGUCUCCAAUGGCUCAGUCAACUUCCAGCAUCAAUUAGGUGCUGACGAAGAAGAUCUCUCGACUAAGCCUCGUUGUCAACGCUGCCGCAAGAGCAAAAAAGGCUGUGACCGACAGCGCCCAUGUGGGCGAUGCAAGGAUGCCGGCAUCGGCAUUGAUGGCUGUGUCAGCGAAGAUGAAGGGAAUGGUCGUAAAGGACGCUACGGCCGUCACAUGGGAGUCCCCGUCAAGAAAGACGCCGACGCGUUGGACGAGGGACAUGAGCCCUCCGUGACUGUGAUCACAGCAUUCGCCGAGUCCGAGGUCGCAGACAAGAACAAGAAGAGAAAGCGCUAG